AUGUCCGAGGAUCAUAAUAGUGAGAAGCAGGAGACUGCCACCGUGGAGAUGCUGCGUCGGAUGCAGACGGCGGAUAGUGUUUUGCUUCCCAUUCCACGCGAUGCAUUUGAGAAAUUGUAUCUCAGUCCCAAAUUGCCAACUGCAGGGAACUUGCGUCGGACAUUUGGUAACCCAACACCGAUCUCGUUGAUGGGUUUCUUGCUUGCUGCGACUCCAGGCGCAAUGCAGACAAUGGGCUGGCGAGGCUCUGGUGGUAAUGGUGGUGCUAUAUUGCCUGUUUUCAUCUUCUUUGGUGGAAUAGUGCAGAUUUUCGGUGGAAUUGGCGAGUGGAUUAUUGGAAAUACCUUUUCGUGCGCUCUUUUCUUCACAUAUGGUACUUUCUGGAUCGUUCAAGGUACAACUCAGAUGCCGUUCUUUGGUGUAGGAACCAAUUAUUCGACUACUGGGAAUACACUUGAAGGAUCUCAGACACCUGAAUUUGCCGCUACCAUUGGCCUAUACUUUGUCAUUCUAUCCGUUCUUACCUUCGUCUACCUCAUCUGUUCGAUCCGUACAAACGUUUGCCUCUUCCUCGCCUUGUUCCUCCUUGUUAUCACAUUUGCCUUGACUGCUGCUACAUAUUUCCAAAUGGCGCUGGGCAAUGUUGCUGCGGCUGCGAAGUUGCAAAUGACGGCCGGGGCUUUCAAUUUCGCGCUCUGCCUACCCAUCUGGCAUAUAUUUAUUGCACAGAUUCUAGAGGCUGUCGACUUCCCCUUUGCACUCCCAGUGGGUGACUUGAGUACCGUCAUCCUGGGCAGAAGCCAGAGAGCUCGGAGACGUGAAGCGGAAACUUAG